UUUCAGUUGGGUCGGCACAACACUGUGGGCCGAAGGGCCUACUCUUAUGCUGUACUGUUCUAUGUACAGCGAACAAACGUCUUGUGCGGUGAGAAAGGGUUACACUCUCAACGGCGACAUCUCAGGGACCUCGUUGCGCGUUGUCAAAUUAGGGACGGCAGCGAAUUCCUGCGUGCCCCUCCUUCCGUCCCUGGGCUUAAAUGUUUUGAUCUUGACUGGCCCAGUAAUUAGACCAGCAGCUGUCUGGCUGAGGAAUUUUAAUGAGCUAGUUAGUAGCGCCUGGUGUUUGCGGGCAGUUUCCUCGUUGGUGAAGAUGGUUCUGGUGGCGAGUUUAGCGGUGCUCUUGGUGGCCGCCGUGAUGGGACAGGAACAGACAGCUCUUCCGCCAGGUAUCGCAUACUCCUGCGGUAAUUCUACCCUGACGGUCUUUGUAGAGACAACCGUGUUAGCUGACGCUCCCGCCUCGCUCCUGCGGCUGGGAACCUGCCCUCCCUCCGGCUUCAAAUCUCCCCACGUUAUCCUCUUCCAGUAUGGACUCCGGGAUUGCUGGGGCGGCCGGCUGAUAUCGGAUACGGAGAUAAUUUUCUGGAAUUACCUGAAAUUUGAGGAGAGCCCAGCCCUUGGGAUGAAUCGGCCACGGCUCAACGCUCGCCUAGAAUGUCGCUACCCAGUGAAUGAGAUACCGACGCCUGAGCCAACAGUUCCAGUUACUGGUGUACUAUCCGGAGAGGGCAAACUGAUCUUUUCCAUGAAGAUAAUGACAGAUGACUGGGCCGCUGAACGGCCAGAUUCUCUGUUCUUCCUGGGAGCUUCCAUUAACCUACAAGCCUCGGUCCUUGCCACAUAUCACCAAGCACUUCGCCUCUACAUGGAGGAAUGUAUUGCCACGCCAACAAGCUCACUGGGAAAGUCUCUGGAGAACUAUAGCAUCAUAAACAAUCAUGGCUGUCUAAUUGAUGGGAAAACUGGAAACUCCAAGUUCUUGCCCAGAAAUGAUGGGUCACUCCUUCAGUUUGUUGUGCAGGCAUUUAAAUUCAACAGUCGAGAGGAUGCUGAUAUUUUCAUCCACUGCAAAGCCUUGGUGUGGGACCCCAAGUGGGAUGACCUGUUGCACAAAGCUUGCUCUUUUGACCAGCAAACAGAAAGUUGGCAGCUUUUGGAUGCCCCAUUACAAAGCUCCUUGUGUGACUGCUGUAAUGCAGUCUGCCAGCCUAUCCAGUCCCGUCAUAAACGAUCCAAAGAAGUGGAGACCAGUGUUGGUCACGUAAUCAAAGUGGGUCCCUUGAGAGUAAUCAGCAAGCAAUCUAGAUCCAAAACAUUGGAUCUAUGUCCGAUUUCUCCAAGAGAGGAUGCUGUUACAGAGCUGACUUCUCCAAUCAUCUCCAGCCACUAUAAGAGUUACAUUUCUUCCAACUUUAUUGAGGUAUAAAGGCCGAGGUAGUGCAUACUGUACAGUGGACAAAGAGGGAUUAUGAGCAGUUCACAUUUACAACACAAUUGUGGCAUGUUGUUGUGUUUAUUUUCUCUUUAACACAUUAAAUUGUGCAUCUUUAAGAUAAAGAACAGUUGGAAGCAUCUUUAUAUAACUUGUGCAAGUGAAGAUACUAUUAAACUUAGAAGUCACUGAGUCUGUGAAUUGCUUAAAAGGAAUGGAGUAGUU